AUGUUCUAUCGACCCUGGGAGGAGCUUCCCAGCGAUCCCGAAUUCCCUUCGGACCUCGGACUACUGGGUUACUUUGUGAAUGAUGAAGAUGAGAUUCGCUCCAUUCAGAGCCCUGAUCACUACUUCAAGUUCCAUAUCGACAAGAAUUCGCGCUACAAUGAGCGUCAGCGAUAUGCUAUGAACGAGGCCAUAGAGAAUUUGGUGCAUGCUCGUCUCGAAUCGCAUGGCCUUGAAAAGAUCCGCCUCCCCCUCGGCACGCCCUCUGAUAAGCCCAAUGUCCCAAUCUUUGUCUCCUCGGACAUCAAGUCCAAGUCCCGCAUCAUUCUCAUCAUCGGCGAGACCUACCAAGAUCUAGGCAUCAUUGCCCAUCGUAUCCUCGGCGGCAGAGGGGGCGUCAACAAGGGCAGCAUGGUCAGUGUGGUGUCGACACUGAAGUCGCAGCCCUCGUCGUCCAGUGAUCCGUCCCCUCCAGGCUUCAUUUUGGCCAACACGGGCCAAUUCAUCUGGCAUGAGUCCUUGAAGCGAUGCUGCACCAUUUCUGGCACCGAGGGUACCCCCAUGCCAUCUGCUGUCCAUGCCGGCGUCAAGUGGUACGUUGAGGUCGGUAAAGAUCGCGUUGAAGGCAACAAGGAUAUUAGGGAGCACAUGAAGACUAUCUUUGAGACUGUCAUACCUGCUUUCCUGAACAAGGAUGCGGGGCUUGACAUCAUUGCCGUCGGUGAUGGUGCAGAUGCCCUCGAAAAGUAUCUGGACUGGAGCGAGACCUGGAAGAGACUUUCAGACAGGAUCAACUGCCUUGCUAUCCUGGGUGCUUACUACCAUCUUGAAGAUCUGCAGAGCACCAACUUCCGAGAAUUCCUGCGAGAGAAAGGACGCGCCUAUGCAACUUCAGUCGAGCCUCUCGGUACCCCUUUGUCGGGUCCGGAUGGAAAUCCCAAUACAGUCACCUUUACACACAACGGUACGCCCGUCUACAGUGGCGGCGAGUCGCAUCACGUUGAGACACUCCUAGCUCAUGCCUUGCCUCAUCUGGCCGAGUGGCUGCUCGAAGUGACCAUUACCGGCAAGAAGGAUUACCGCAAUCCCAACGCUCCCAUCCUGUACUGCGACCCCGAGAACGAGGCCCUCAAGAUGGAGCCUGAUUGGAGCAAAUGGCAGAACGCUCCUUCGGAUAAGCAGCCGCCCGCAGACUUUCACGAAGUUGAGCCCAAUGCCAAUGUCAAGAACGAUGAAGGUGGCGACGGUGGCAAGGUGACCAUUCAGGAUCUUGAUGACGAUGAUUGCGACAAGGAUGUCAAAGAGCUGGAAAAGACUCUGGGAAUGAUGAAGACGACUGAGCAUCAAUCAUAA